AGUCGAGUGUGCAAUUCCUUUAUUGUCUGUGACUGCGGUUUUUGGAAAGUGUGCGUUUUGUUCCUUGCUGUGUACUUGUCUUGGUCUCCGGGUGCUGUGCUGUAUUACGGUGGUUGCCAACAGGCAUAAGACCGGAUAUCGCAAAGUGAGCUGGUGAUUUGCGCUUUGGCGAGCGCCAGACUAGAAGCGCUGAUUAGACGCGCUCUAGCUACUAUUAACUGCUCGCCUUGUCUUUUGCGUUGGAUAUCAGUCUCAUACUUUUCGUCCGGGCAACAGCUAACGAUCCCAAACCUCUUAACAGACUCCCAGACCUAAAUUAAGCAGCAGCUUUGCUCCUCGCUCCCACCCGCAGCCAUUUUCCUUCCCCGGAAAUGGGCUCCACACCCGCCAUCCUCGGCAUGGACGUGGACGACACCAACUUCAGCAUUGCCCCGAUCGACAUCGCAAACGCCGACAUUCCAAAGUCAAUCCAGCGCCAGCUCGACGAUCGUCUCGAGAAGAUCCAGCGCGAGAUCAAGGCGUACCAAGAGUUCAAGGCCAGAGAGUUUGAGAGCUACAGAAAUGAUCUCGUGGGCCAGUACCUGCAAAAGAAUAAGCAGCAAGAGAAAGAUGCCGCGGCUUCCUCCGUCGCUGCGACGGCGACGGCGACGGCGGGCACGAAGCGGCUAUCAAGAGCAGACUCUACAAUCCAAAGCAGCUUGAAAGGAAACAGCAAACGUCAACGCAAUGGCGAGAAGAAAAAAGUCAUGUUUAGACUGAACGACGAAAUCCCGCCCGUCAGCCCAGACUCUGAUUUACUAUUGCCUGUCGACGCGGGCUCGGAUGACGAAACCAAUGUGCAGUAUUUCCAGCUGCCGGAUAAAAUGUCGUUGCUCAACAUGAGCGCGGAGAUGAGUGACGAGCCUGAGGAGGAGAUGAUUGAGGAUACUACUGAGCUGCAGACAAGUUCUCCUCCUUCUCGGCCGACGGUGGAACAAAGUGGGCUUGCGUCCUCGCUGGGAAGCAGUCACUCGUAUGGAAGCCUAGGAGUCAGGUCCUUAGCUCCGGAGCAAACUCUGCCGACAACUUCCGUCUCCCUUUCUACAGACCCGAUAUCAUCCUCGUACCGCGGUGGAAUCAGACGAACAUCGCAAAACCGCCAGCCGCUCAAGCUACAGCCAUCUCCGGUUCGAACACCGUCAGCAGAGCAGAUCCGGCGCGAGAGCACGUUCGACGACGACGACGUUUUCGCGCUUGACGAGAAUCUUGACUCGCACGGCAACAACAACACUUCGUCGUUUGCUGAGCCGUCGUUCAGGGUGCAGAUCGGCAGCCGGUCGACGUCGUUUACUGAUAAUUUCCAUUCUGCAUUUGCAUCGUCAUCUGACGCCCCACAGUCUGGCUGGGUAGGUCACUCGGUCUCGCUCCAUACUCCUAAUCGCUCUCCGGUCACCGACACAUUUCAAAUGGAUGACGACUUGCCGUUCGACGGCGGCAGCAAUGCGCUGUCUAUUCCUGUGCCUAUGGGCAUGCAGUCUGGUUCCCCUGCUUCAUCGUACGACGACAACGAAGAAGACACACAUGACGUGCCAACCACCCUCAGCGGUUCAGCCUACGGCUCUUCCCUCCCGAUCGAGAUCGGCACGCCAAUGUCCAGCAGCGUCAGACGGUCGUCCAGAGAGCUAGUGGACGACAGCGGCGGCGAAAUGGGACUACCCGGCGGCGUGCUCGGCGACGAUGAAGAGUAUAAGCUCGAAAAGCUCAAGUCGGUCGAUAACCCUGACCGACUGAGUUUUUCCCAUCGCAUAAUAUGGGAGGAGCAUGUUGCCGGCUCGUUGAGGAAUAGGUAGUCUGUUUCUUCUAUCUUUUCCUUCCUUCUUCUCCUGAUGUGUCUAGCUUGCUGGACUAAGGGUUCCAUACCGGCAUGAUAUUCUUUCUGACGAUUAAUGGUGUUCUU